CUAAAGUCAAGUCGCCAUAUUUCCUCAGUAGACGUCUCGUUCAUCUCUGUGAAAACUAAACUCAUUUUUAUCAAAUCAUCGUUGUAUCAUCAAAUUUUCGUUUAAUUUUUUUAAAUGUCAGAGACACAAUCGUCAUUGCUGUUGAAAAAACAAUUGGCCGAGCUGAACAAAAAUCCCGUUGAAGGAUUUUCAGCCGGUCUAGUUGAUGAAAAUGAUAUUCACAAAUGGGAGGUUCUGAUCAUUGGUCCACCAGAUACGCUCUAUGAGGGUGGAUUCUUUAAGGCUCAUUUGCAUUUCCCAAAAGAAUAUCCAUUGCGACCUCCGCGUAUGAAGUUUGUUACCGAGAUCUGGCAUCCAAAUAUAGAAAAGAAUGGAGACGUUUGCAUUAGUAUUCUACAUGAGCCAGGCGAUGACAAAUGGGGCUAUGAAAAGGCAUCGGAGCGCUGGUUACCUGUUCACACAGUGGAAACAAUUUUAAUAUCCGUAAUAUCGAUGCUAGCCGAUCCAAAUGACGAAUCACCAGCCAACGUUGAUGCGGCCAAAGAAUGGCGAGAAUCGUAUCCGGAAUUUAAGCGGAAGGUGGCACGUUGUGUUCGAAAGAGCCAGGAAGAUUGCUCAUAGAGAAUAAAAUCUGAAACCAACAACAAAAACAACAACUACUACAACAAGGCUGGCAAAAUCAACAAAUUAUUUGAAACAUGAAAAAGAAUUCACAGGAAAAUAAACAAAAAAUGAAGAAGAAAGAAAUUAUUAUCAUAACAUAAAAACUACAACAGAAAAAAAGAACUAAUAAAAAAAAAUUAAGUGAAAUGAGCUGAAAUAACGUAUAUUACUCAUAUUACAUUCAAAUUCAUACGAAAUAGGUAGAAAGACCAGCUUCUUUUCUUGAUAAACAUUUUUCAGUUCUUUUUUUAAUAUUUUUUUAAUUAGCAGAUUUGGCUUCCCAAAUAUUUUUGCCCAUUGUUUGUAUAGUUGCAACAAUUUAAUUUUCAUUUGAAGUUGUGUAACUUUAUCUUGUUUAGAUAUAUAGCAGUGAAGGAAAUUCAUUGAAUACAAGCAGUCUCUCAUUUGGAUCGUCUCACCCUUGUGAAAACUAUAUGAACACAGACAUAUGAGUUCAACAUUUUUUUUAACAUUUAAAUAACUAUUAUGUAAUUCUUUUCUUUUUAAGCAUAAAUUAAUUUAAACGUGAAUAAUAA